CCAAAGCUCAGAGGAAUAAACGAGGAACAAAACGUAAAUAUGAACCUAAAUCCAGCUGUGUGUCCUUGAAGAGUGAUUGGUCUGCAGAUCGUCCCAUUAAUUUUAAAGUCCAGCCUCUGUCUGCUGCAGAGAGAAUGACUGAAGUCCACAACAAGAUGAUGAUCGAGGAAGAGGAAGUCAGGUCUAGAUGCCCAUCUGUGAGGAGUGACUGGUCCAAAGAUAGCAAUCCAAACUUCAGUAAUGAACCAGUGAGAGCAGACCAGGAGAGCUCAGAGGUUUCCAGUGGUCAGUCUGCCCAGCAGCAUCAAACACACCUGGACUCCAUAUUUAUGCUGCUGGAGAACAACAUCAUCACUUUUGUGAAGGACGAGCUGAAGAAGAUCCAGAAGGUUCUGAGUCCAGAUUACCCAGAAUGCUUAGAGAGUCAGAGGGAGGAUGAGCGGAAGAAGAGCAGCAGAGAAGCAUUUGUGAAGAUAACACUGGACUUUCUGAGAAGAAUGAAGCAGGAGGAUCUGGCUGAAUGUCUGCAGAGCAAGCUUCAAGCUGCCGCUUAUCAUCGUAACCUUAAAUCUGCACUGAGGAAGAAGUUCCAGUGUGUGUUUGAGGGGAUCGCUAAAGCAGGAAACCCAACCCUUCUGAAUCAGAUCUACACAGAGCUCUACAUCACAGAGGGAGGGACUGCAGAGGUCAAUGAUGAACAUGAGGUCAGACAGAUUGAAACAGCAUCCAGGAAACCAGACAGACCAGAAACAAGAAUCAGACAAGAAGACAUCUUUAAAGCUUCACCUGGAAGAGAUGAACCAAUCAGAACAGUGCUGACAAGGGGAGUGGCUGGCAUUGGGAAAACAGUCUUAACACAGAAAUACACCCUGGACUGGGCUGAAGACAAAGCCAACCAGGACAUCCAGUUCAUAUUUCCAUUCACUUUCAGAGAGCUGAAUGUGCUGAAAGAGGAAAAGUUCAGCUUGGUGGAACUUGUUCAUCACUUCUUUACUGAAACCAAAGAAGCAGGAAUCUGCAGCUUUGAAGACUUCCAGGUUGUGUUCAUCUUUGAUGGUCUGGAUGAGUGUCGACUUCCUCUGGACUUCCACAAAACUACAAUCCUAACUGACCCUAGAAAGUCCACCUCAGUGGAUGUGCUCCUGAUAAACCUCGUCAGUGGGAACCUGCUUCCCUCUGCUCGCCUCUGGAUAACCACACGACCUGCAGCAGCCAAUCAGAUCCCUCCUGACUGUGUUGACAUGGUGACAGAGGUCAGAGGGUUCACUGACCCACAGAAGGAGGAGUACUUCAGGAAGAGAUUCAGAGAUGAGGAGCAGGCCAGCAGGAUCAUCUCCCACAUCAAGACAUCACGAAGCCUCCACAUCAUGUGUCACAUCCCAGUCUUCUGCUGGAUCACUGCUACAGUUCUGGAGGAUGUGCUGGAAACCAGAGAGGGAGGACAGCUGCCCAAGACCCUGACUGAGAUGUACAUCCACUUCCUGGUGGUUCAGGCCAAAGUGAAGAAGGUCAAAUAUGAUGGAGGAGCUGAGACAGAUCCACACUGGAGUCCAGAGAGCAGGAAGAUGAUUGAGUCUCUGGGAAAACUGGCUUUUGUUCAGCUGCAGAAAGGAAACCUGAUCUUCUAUGAAUCAGACCUGACAGAGUGUGGGAUCGAUAUCAGAGCAGCCUCAGUGUACUCAGGAGUGUUCACACAGAUCUUUAAAGAGGAGAGAGGACUGUACCAGGACAAGGUGUUCUGCUUCAUCCAUCUGAGUGUUCAGGAGUUUCUGGCUGCUCUUCAUGUCCAUCUGACCUUCAUCAAUUCUGGACUCAAUCUCCUGGAAGAACAACAGACAACCUCCCAGAAGUCUGAAACAGGAGAAUCUGCAGAGAAUUUCUACCAGAGUGCUGUGAACAAGGCUUUACAGAGUCCAAAUGGACACCUGGACUUGUUCCUCCGCUUCCUCCUGGGUCUUUCACUGCAGACCAGUCAGACUCUCCUACGAGGUCUGCUGACACAGAUAGGAAGUAGCUCACAGACCAAUCAGGAAACAGUUCAGUACAUCAAGAAGAAGCUCAGUGAGAAUCUGUCUGCAGAGAAAAGCAUCAAUCUGUUCCACUGUCUGAAUGAACUGAAUGAUCGUUCUCUAGUGGAGGAGAUCCAACAGUCCCUGAGAUCAGGAAGUCUCUCCACAGAUAAACUGUCUCCUGCUCAGUGGUCAGCUCUGGUCUUCAUCUUACUGUCAUCAGAAAAAGAUCUAGAUGUGUUUGACCUGAAGAAAUACUCUGCUUCAGAGGAGGCUCUUCUGAGGCUGCUGCCAGUGGUCAAAGCCUCCAACAAAGCCAUACUGAGUGGCUGUUUCCUCUCUAAGAGAAGCUGUGAAGCUCUGUCCUCAAUUCUCAGCUCCCAGUCUUGUAGUCUGAGAGAGUUAGACCUGAGUAACAACAAUCUGCAGGAUUCAGGAGUAAAGCUUCUUAAUGCUGCUCUGCAGAGUCCACAUUGUACACUAGAAAGUCUGAGACUGAGUCUCUGUGACCUGUCAGAGAGAAGCUGUGAAGCUCUGUCCUCAGCUCUCAGCUCUCAGACCUCUAAUCUGAGAGAGCUGGACCUGAGUAACAUUAACCUGAAGGAUUCAGGUGUGAAGCUUCUGUCUGAAGGACUGAAGAGUCCACACUGUACACUGGAAACUCUCAGUCUGUCAGGCUGUCUCAUCACAGAGGAAGGCUGUACUUUUCUGGCCUCAGCUCUGAACUCCAACCCCUCUCAUCUGAGAGAGCUGGACCUGAGCUACAAUCAUCCAGGAGACUCAGGAAUGAAGCUGCUGUCGGCUGGACUGAAGGAUCCACGCUGGAGAUUGGACACUCUCAGCUUCACCAUCACCAGUACGCCGAUACGGCAAUAUGCCGUGAGAACUGGUCACGAGCGAACACAACUCACAAUCGACACAAACACAGUUCACACAAACCUCCAACUGUCUGACAACAACAGGAAGGUGACACAUGUGGAGGAGGUUCAGUCAUAUCCUGAUCAUCCACACAGAUUUGAUGUUCUUCAGUUGCUGUGUAGAAAUGGUCUGACUGGUCGAUGUUACUGGGAGGUCAAGUGGAGAGGAACCAUUGAGAUAUCAGUGAGUUACAGAAGAAUCAGAAGGAAAGGAGGCAGUGAUGAGUGUGUGUUUGGACAGAAUGAUCAGUCCUGGAGUCUGUACUGCUCUGGUGAUGGUCCUGGUUCUGUCUGGCACAGUAACAGAGAAACAUCCAUCUCCUCCUCCUCCUCCUCCUCUGUCUCUAACAGAGCAGCAGUGUAUGUGGAUCAUCCUGCUGGCACUCUGUCCUUCUACAGAGUCUCCUCUGACACUCUGAUCCACCUCCACACCUUCAACACCACAUUCACUGAACCUCUUCAUCCUGGAUUUACAGUCUUUCCUGGUUCCUCAGUGUGUCUGUGUUGAGUUGAGUGUAAAGAGUGUCCUCCUGUUAGAGAAACACAGAGAUGUACAGACUGAACUCUGUUCAACAGUCUCUCUUUCACUCAGAAACACGUUUUCAAAUUCAUGAAUUCAAUCAGUUGAUGUUUUAAACUGUUCUAAACGAUUCCUUGUAAACGUCUUCCUCUUCAGUCCUUUAAAGAUGGAAGCUACGAUUAUUCCAGGAUCCACGUUUUUUUUCUGUCUUUUAUGCUCAAAGCUUCACAGUGAACAUCAGUAUGUUGUGUUUCUCUGAAACUCAGUUCACAACCAGCUCCUCUGAAUUUUCAACAAGUCUGAGCUCAUUAAAAUGAAUCCACACGUCUGAUUUCUCUUUCUUAAUGGGAUUUUUCCAAACUCUCCACAUCUCUUACUGUUUCACUCAUUUUUAGAAGCUAAUCAUUUAAAAAUGUUUCAGUCAUAUAAGAUAAGAAUAAUGUCUCAUUAGUUUUUAAUGCAUAUAAAACCAUAAUAUAAUUGUAUUGCAAUAUCAUAAUGAAUGUGACCUACCUAAUAAACA